AUGAACUUUGACGAAUGGAUGAACAUCGCGCUAGAGAAAGCGAACGAGGCUUUGAAAUCAGGGGAAGUUCCAGUGGGGUGUUUAUUUGUUUACAAAAAUGAAAUUAUAGCGACGGGUCGUAAUACUGUUAAUGAAACAAGAAAUGCCACUCGUCACGCAGAGCUUAAUUGCAUAGAGGACGUGCUCAAAUACUCUGCAGAAAAAGGGUUGGACUCCAGUUCGGUUUUUCAGAAUAUCAAUGUUAUUGUUACCGUAGAGCCAUGCAUAAUGUGUGCUGCAGCGCUGCACCAACUCAAAGUACGGAGCAUAGUUUACGGGUGCCAAAAUGAUAGGUUUGGCGGCUGCAAGAGUGUCUUUGAAGUGCCGAAACUUUAUGAUUUCCAAAUAUCAAUUACUAGUAACGUCAAAGGAGAUGAAGCACUGCAACUGCUCAAAGAUUUUUACAAAGGUACGAAUCCAAACGCGCCUAUUUCUAAAUCAAAGAAAGGACGAAAAACGGAAAUCAAGUCACAAAACAGUUGAAUUGAAUUUCAUUUAUAUUACUUGUUACUCGACUGGUAACUAGCUUUUAUCUUCAAUAAACUAUCCCUAUUUUUGUUCUUGUUUCAAAUUUUGACUAAACAAGAUCAUCUUUUUUCUUUGAUUCUUCAGUACUGUUCAUCUAUAUUUAUUUCGAUUAUUGCUAGAAGGUAGAAGUUUAAAAUUUCAAUUAUUCUCAAAUUCACAUUAGUAGCAAUCAAGGUAGCAUUGAAACUAAGCAUUUGGAAAAAAAUAGUUUUUUUAUUACAAAAGAGACAUUAACUUUUUCAAAAAAUAGUAAAAUUCAGUUAAUAUAUAAAAUAUUUUUGAUUCUCAAUGCCAUUUCCGGGAUUGUUCAGUACGAAACGACCUGGGGCUUCAGUCUAUCUACACAUGAUGUCUACUAAUAAAUAAGUACAGAGUUACUGCGUUGCUCUUCAGUUAAGUGUAUGUAUAUCUGAAACAUGAUGAUCUUCCGGUACUCGACUGUCAUGAAUAAAAUCAACUAGUAUCAUCAUUCUGCGUGCAUAUUGUACACAAUUGUCGACGACCUUUUAUCAAUCACACCACGUAGGGUCAAGUUCACAUUUUCCUUGAUACCAUCUCACCAGUAGUUGAUUCUUCAAACUGUAAUCUUUGAGUACCAUUGUUUUUGUCUGAAAAUUAUGUAAAAAAAUAUGCUCAACGUAAAGAAAUAAACAAUUGUAAAUAUUUGAAUGUA